GUCAGCUUUCCCCCGAUCCUCCUAAUUCAGAUUUCACAUCACCAUGGCGGCAAUAAGCUGCCAAUGUUAUCUCCAAAAACCUCCCUUAAAUCUCUCCUUCUUCCCUCCGCCAUCUCUUCAUACUUCUGCACAAAACCUUCAAUUUCAUCCCAAAUCAAACCCAUUAAUGAGCAGCCAUGAGGGCAGUAACAGUACUAGCUUGAGUGUUUCCGCAAAGGGUCCUUCUUCUUUUUCUUCUUCUUCAGGGAUUUUGUCUGCAAUUGGGAAGGCAAUUGAGGAAGAGGAAGAGUACAGAAGGGCCAGGGCUGAGGUACAGAAAAGUGGUGUAAAUUUGGAGGGAUAUUCUGUUGAAGGUAUCUCAAUUGGUGGCCAUGAAACAUGUGUGAUUGUGCCUCAAAUUAAGUCCGCUUUCGAUAUUGGGAGGUGCCCUUCUCGAGCUAUUCAUCAGAACUUCUGCUUCAUCACUCAUGCCCAUCUUGACCACAUUGGUGGACUUCCAAUGUAUGUGGCUACUCGUGGUCUUUACAAUUUAAAGCCUCCAACCAUUUUUGUGCCACCUUGUAUCAAAGAUGAUGUGGAGAAGUUGUUUGACAUCCACAGAUCCAUGGGUGAUGUAGAACUUAACUUUGAUUUGGUUGCUCUUGACGUAGGGGAAACUUAUGAAAUGCGGAACGAUCUUGUGGUUAGACCAUUUAAAACUGACCAUGUCAUACCCAGUCAGGGUUAUGUUAUUUAUUCUGUUAGAAAGAAACUGAGGAAGCAAUUUGCACAUUUAAAGGGACAGCAAAUUGAGAAAUUGAAGAAGUCUGGUGUUGAGAUUACAAAUACUAUCUUGUGCCCUGAGUUGGCGUUUACUGGGGACACGAGAUCUGAUUUUCUCCUUGAUCCACGAAAUGCUGAUGCCUUGCGGGCAAAGAUUCUUAUAACUGAGGCAACCUUUUUGGAUGAAAAUGUCACUGUUGAACAUGCAAGAGAUCACGGGCAUACCCAUCUGUUCGAGCUUAUGGAGCAUGCUCAAUGGAUUCGGAGUAAAUCAAUUUUAUUGACGCAUUUCUCUUCCCGCUACAAUAUCGAGGACAUCCGCCAAGCUGUAUUGGCAUUGCAAACGAAGGUCUCCGCAAAAGUAGGAGCUCUGACAGAGGGUUUUAAAUCUAUGCACUCAUAGAGAGAAGCUUCGUCUUUUUCUUCAAUGUCGUUUGUAAUUACUACCAGUUCUCUGAAAUCGAGUAGUCUCAUGUAAAGGUUGAGAAUUCGAAUCACAUUGCUUACAGAAAAUACUGCAUUAGAGGAAAGAAGACGGUGAAUUGUAUCAUAGUACUUAAUGUAGAAGAAUGAUUUGUAAAUUAGGUAAAAGAAUUUUGGUUACAAUUUCAGGACAUGCAUGAUGCAUUAGAACUUUCAUAAUGCCUGGUGCUGUUUGUUUGGUUUCAGUAAAUUGUAUGGCACUUGACUGAUUUAGGGUAAAUUGUUGUAAUUUUUUUUGGGUUUAGAACAGUAAUAAUCAUAAGAAGCAAACGAAAAAGCUUGUGGUUUGAAACUCAGUGGUUGGGAAUUCAGUUCUUAGUAGACAAUAUCUAUAGCUCUUACAUGUAGUUCACGGUUUAUCCUUAGAUUAUGUCAUUAUCUUGGAAACACUUGAUCUGAUAUUUUCCAUAUUGAGUUAUGCACAAAUCAGG